AGAUACAUAUGGUGGCACAGCAAAUGAUGAGGUCAGAUGUGAUUCGACCCAUAUAGCAGGUUCAGGUGUGCAGGCCAUUUGUAUUUAGACGUUUCCACUUUCCAGUACUACUUCGCCGCUUCCCUCAUCGCACAACUCUCACUUUCUGCACCGCCCGCCGCCACCGCUGCCGACAACACCGACGAUGUUUGGUACCGGAGAGCGACGGCGGAUGUCCAUCGACUUUGAUCCACUGUCAAUUGACUCGAGAGCAUUGGUCGUCUCUGACCCAGCACUUAACCCUGUCGGAGGGAAUUCGCCUUUCCCAAGGGAGGAUGUGCAACAACGUCUGCAUGAUACAAGUGUUGGAUCAGUUUUUAGCAAUUCUAAGAAACUUGAAGAUGAUCUGCAGCAGCUGGGAGAAAAAAUUAAGCAUCAUGAGGACAAUGUCAGCUACUUAAAAACUCUGAGGAACAAGUUGGAAGACUCAAUUGUUGAUAUGCAAGUUGCUAUUGGGAAACAUCAUGCAACUUUAUUUAAAGAGGAAAAUGAGAAGGCUGCAUAUGUGGAGAGUGAGAAAGAAACAAUUCAGCAUAUUAUGAAGUACGAGAAGUCUGCAGCUGCGCUUCUGUGUAAAAUUAAAAGCGAAGCUCAGUUUAUUGAUCAUCUGUUGACUAAAGAUGUGGUAGGGGUUGUUGCUACACUUGGAAAAGUUGAUGAUGCCAAUCUUAGCAGGAUUCUUUCGGAAUAUUUGGGCCUAGAAACCAUGCUAGCAGUGGUCUGCAAAUCUUCUGAAGGUGUUAAGACCCUGGAAGCAUACACCAGAGAUGGACUAAUAAAUAAAGGUUCCGGCAUUCAUGAAUUUGCAGCGUCUAUGGGCAGGCACCUGGAUGGCCGAUUUGAUGUUAUUUGCCUUGAAAAUCUGAGACCAUAUGCUGGUGGGUUGAUAGCUGAUGACCCUCAACGGAGGCUCAAUCUUCUAAAGCCAAGGUUAAUGAAUGGUGAAACUCCUCCAGGGUUUCUUGGUUUUGCCGUAAACAUGGUUAAGAUUGAUAAUAGUAACUUACAUUGUAUCUCCAAAUCUGGGUACACUUUACGAGAGACACUCUUCUAUAACCUUUUCUUGAAUUUGCAAGUGUAUAAUUCAAGAGAAGAGAUGCUAAAUGCACAGUCUUGUAUAGCAACUGGAGCCGUAUCUCUAGAUGGAGGAUUGAUUAAACGUCCUGGCAUAUUCACCUUGGGUCAUCAUCGGGGAGAUAUAGAUGUCAAGUUCCCCUGUGACUCUGAAAAGUUUGUCCAAUCUGCAAACUAUUUUGAGCUUGAAAAUCGGCUGAAGGAGACAAAAUGGAAGAAGGAUCGGGCACUGGAAGAUAUGCAGAGAGAACAGGAACUAUUGGACCAUGCAAAGUUCAAAUAUGAAACCAAGAAGAAAGAAUUUGUUCGCUUUCUUGCUGAAAGCUCAUCAUAUUUAACUCAGGUGGGACGUGUAUCAACCCCUAGAUGAUUUCACGGAGGCAUUUACUGACCAGUGGCAAAGGAACUAGAAGAAGCACUUACAGUUCCUGCUAACUAAACUCAGCUUCCAUUGUUUAUUGAAACAUUGUGCACGUGAAUCAUGUUAUGAUUCAACAUGAGGGGAUGUAUAUAUAAAAUCUAGGGUGGUAUGACUAGUACAGACUUUAUUGAUAUAUUUAUGCUGGCAACAUCAGCUAAAAACAACAAUGAUAGGGUUUCUCAAAGCCUUGAUUUUCACAGAAAUUGUCGUCAGUUGUAGUGCCAUUUUGUGAAACCUAUUCUUCAAUUUGGAAGUCUUUGACAACAUAACAUUGGUUUUCUUAAAGGCAUGUGUACUUGUGUUAUAUAUUGCCUGUUUGGAUAUGUUUUCUUAAAUAUAUUUUCCUUUAUCAA